GUCGCCCGUCCGAAGGCCUUUGAAUAAAAGCGUCGGGCCGCGCCGGGGCCCUCGCCCGGUCCGGAGCUCCCCUCUCCGCCCUGCGCCCUCCUCCGCCCUCCAGGUUCAUCUGAAGACUUCCUGGCAGUUCACUUUCGAAACUGUUGGUCACAGUUUUUUUCUCUUUCUCCCCCUUUUCUCCGACCAUUUCUAACACUGUGCUAAAUUGUUCAAGAAGAUUUUGCCCAAAUGAGCAAGGCAUCACAACAGAACAAUACUACAGGAACAAAUGGAAUAAGUGUUAUUCACACCCAGGCACAUACGAGUGGUUUGCAGCAGGUUCCUCAGCUGGUGCCAGCCAGCCCUGGGGGCGGGGGCAAGGCCGUGCCCCCCAGCAAACAGAGCAAGAAGAGUUCGUACAUGGAUAGGAACAGUGACGAGUACCGCCAGCGCAGAGAGCGGAACAACAUGGCAGUGAAAAAGAGUCGUUUAAAAAGCAAACAGAAAGCACAGGAUACUCUUCAGCGGGUCAACCAGCUUAAAGAAGAAAAUGAACGAUUGGAAGCAAAAAUUAAGCUGCUGACAAAGGAGCUUAGUGUACUCAAAGAUUUGUUCCUUGAGCACGCACACAAUCUUGCAGACAACGUACAGCCCAUUGGCACUGAAAGCACCACAACAAACCCUGAUAAUACAGGACAGUAGAUCUGUGUCUCCCUCUAGACUUCACAACCUCAUGGAUUGAACACUUACCGUGUAAUCUCCUGCACCUCUUGCAUCUGAAAAGUCGACCUGUUCUAACUUUAGCGAUCUUUGUGGGUAUUUUCUAGGUUCAACACUGAAGAUUUGAUUUUAGCUAACCAUGAUAAAUAACAAUGUUAUUUGAUUAUUUGUUUUAAGUGGUAUUUUUUUUUUGGGGGGGGGGAGGGGUGCCCCAAGAUAGGAUAACAAAUACCUUAAAGCUUAAUGUUCGUUGUCAGUAACAUUUGAUUCCCCCCCACCCCCAGAAAUCAACAUUUAUCUUGUGUCUUGCAUAGCUCAAUAAGAAUACAAUAGGGAACUGGCAGGGUGGGAGGGACCAGGGAGUUUUUAGAUUUCUUGGAUGAGAAUAUUUGGAUAGAAAAACGAAUCAGUCAAGUAACCUUUAAAAUUCUACUUAUGCACUCUGGUUUUCUACACUGGGUAUUUAAAAACCUUAGGGCCAAGGAGCAAGAGAAGUUUGCAAUUCUGUAGGACUUAAGAAUACUGUACGUAGAAUAAAUCCCAUCUAAUACAAUUUGUACGUACAUGAGGUGCCUCAGUAGUGUAAGCCAGGGAUGAUUACUGAAGCUUGGUAGUAACUGUCAGAUUAAGGAAACAAUAAAGUAUUGAAAUUACAACACAAAUUGGCUUAUGAAAAUUGCCAAUGGAGAACAGCAGUUGGGAGUGCAAGUUGGUUAGUUUUAUCUUGAUUAGCCCGGACUUAAAGGGAACUGUUUAGACUUACUAUUUCACAAAGGCUUGAGGCAGUGUGACAGCAUCGUUUUUUUCUUGUUUUUUUUAAAUCCUAAAACUACAACCAAAAAAACUUGUGUGCUGUAGAACAACUUGCACAUCAGAUUUGUGUCUGCCAGGUGCUAGUAUCAGGGAGUCUCUAAUGUAGGAAUUUUAGCUGAAUCAUUGAAAAGUCAGACCCAGACCAUCUUUGCAAUUGAGGUGAUUUUUAUAACCUGCUCUACAACAAACUCAACAGCCGGUUGAUUAGGAUUUAGUGGAUCCAACAGUUCUUUCCUGCUGAGAAAAAAAUAACUUCAAAAUAGUUGAGUAAGUGAGGCUCAACAUCACAGUGAAGGAAUAUUUUGUUCUGGAUCAUAACAAAACAAUAUUUGCAAAAUCACUGGCAAUUCCCUACCCUCUCACCAUUUGGUUAGAAUGUUUUAGGGAUUUUGUUUGGUUUUCUAAAUAAAACAGGAAAUGUA